AUGCCGAGCGAAAGCUCAACACGAAGCCAUCGGGGUCGUAGGACGGUGAGCCGAUGUCUGCUUUGCACAAUUCAACAGACAAAAGUCCAAGACAACCCUCCUUCAGUAUCUGAUGAGUCCAACUUACGAAUACCUUCCACCCGCCUUCUCAAACGAAAUGACAGGCUUGAAAUAAGCAAUAUUGAAUCAUCGAAGACUUGCCGUCUUUUUAUGGUUCGUGGGGAACGGCUCACUGAGGGCCAUCUCUUAGAGUUACCUGCUCUCCUUUCUUCGCUGCGCACUCGCGGAUCAUUCUGUCUGGUAGUUUAUUCUGCAGUCCCAUUAAAUGAUCCCGAGAGUAGCGAUUUGACCUCAUCUUCUGUUUCACCAUGUGAUCCUGGCGCUAAAAGCGGUUGUGGUGAUAGUUUUGCUGGCGGCAAUGUCAAACUUGAUUAUGCUGAGCCCUCUCCAUCAGGCUCUUGUUCCGACUGUAUUCAGCCAAUUAAGCGGGUCUGGCUCUGGCAUGGGCGGCUAUCUCCUCUUGUCAGCCAGAAUGUUGGAAGAUUCAUUCUCAACCAGUUAACUGCUUGGUGA